AUGUACUAUGACUUCGACUGGAAGGAUGCGCCACUGGCAUCCUACAGCACUCCAGUCAUAACUGGCUGUCUCUACCUGCUGAUGGUGGUGUUGCUACCUCGAUGUGUCCCUGAAGGGGGGUUCAAACUGGACAAGACCUUGGUGAUCCACAACUUCAUGCUGAGCUUCAUGUCCUUGAUCCUCUGUUUGGGCUGCGCCUUCGAGAUGUUUCAGCGAGCCAGACAUGAGGGCAGCGUAGAGUGGAUGUUUUGCGAAAGCACGUCCACAUCUGCCCGCGGCCCGCUCUAUUUCUGGUCUUGGGCCUUCUAUGCUAGCAAGUAUUACGAGCUGGUGGACACACUAUUGGCUCUUCUGCGAGCUUCAAAGCCACCGCAUUUCGGGCUUCACGUCUACCACCACGCCCUGGUUCCUGUGAUGGUCUGGAACUGGCUGGAGUAUUGCACAACUCUUCAGCACAUAGGGCUACUUUGGAACACCUUCGUGCACGUGGUCAUGUAUGCGUACUACGCCCUCAAGGUACUGAAGGUGCCGACGCCCUGGAAGAGCUGGGUAACGCGCCUGCAGAUUGUCCAGUUUGUGACUAGCGGCGUCCUGCUGAUGCCGGCGCUGUACUACAUGUGGGAUGCACCCCUUGGGAACAUCUGCGCGGGACAGAGGUCGAUGUGGGUCAACCUCGCCUUCAAUGCCACUCUUUUGUGGCAGUUCAUCGGGGUGCUAUUUACACCUGCAAGAGCCAAAGCGAGCCGCAAGGUGGAAUGA